AAACCCUUCCCCAGUGACCAGAGGUCAUUCACUAUAAUUCGAGCCGCGACAAAUGGCGCACUGACGACUGACCGAUCAGACGAAGAUGAGACGACUCGUGAUCCUCGGUUUCCUGGGGCUGUGCCUGGGCUCGGAGCUCGACAACAGCAUCCCGACCUCCGGCGCCGGCCGCUACAUCGGCUCCGGGGACGAACUCGUGAACGCGGUGGUCAACGAUUGCCUCGCCGGCGAUCAGAGUGUGGUGCGGUGUCUCAAGAUCAGGGUCCUCGACUACUUGGACGUUAGUCUCAACGGCGGGAAGAGGUCGCUCGAGGCCGAGGAUGAGGUGUCCGACGAGGAGCUCGACAGCGCCAUCGUCCACAGGGUGAAGAAGUACAUCACCUCGCACGACUUCAAGCUCCACAUGCCCGACUUGUUCUUCCAGAGGGCGACCCUCGUCUUCAAGCCGGCCUCCAGGGCGCUCACCGACUUCGACGUGGAGUUCCCGCCCCCCAGCGAAAACGAAAGUCGAGCUAUUUCUCAAGCUCGCGAGGACAUGCAGCACAAGAUGGUUAUGCCGUUUCUCAUGAUGAUGAAGAUGAUGUCGAAAAUGAUCACUCCCGUCAUCAUGAUGAUGGUUGGUAUGAAAGCCAUGAAAGCCCUCGUGCUCAGCAAAGUAGCAAUUCUUCUAGUCGGAGUGUUCCUCUUCAUGCAGCUUUGUAAAAAACACGGGAUGAUGAUGCCUCCCGGAAUGGGCGCCAUGUCAGUAGAGCCGGCGCCCUCAUCCGCCUACGGGCCCCCCUCGAGCGCCUACGGGCCCCCGCCAACGGCUCCGAUGAAUUCGUACGGGGCGCCGCCCUCGAAUUCCUACGGAUCGCCUGCCUCCUCCUCACCGGCCGGCUCCAGUUCCUCUUACGACCAGGCCCCCUCGUCUUGGGAGCCUGCCCCCUCCGCUAGCAACAACCAAUACUCGAGGGUAUACGACCCUCACCAAGUAGCAUAUAACGCCUACUCGACCAUCGGCGCCAGCUCCUCCAGUUCAACCAAAUACUAACGGGUAAACUUUCUACGGUCUCCAGCACAAGGGUCUCGAUUUUAAAUUUACCACCUGAGAGAUGAAGUCUGAAUUUUGGCUCUUAGUUAAGUAACUCGAGCAUUGAAAAGCUCCUCCGUUAUCCUCUAAGUGAAAUACUUACUAUUUAAUGGUCACGACGUCAGAAAAAAUAGUUAAUAAUACACGAAAAGCUCAAAUUUUAUUUUAUACUUAAUUUUCGACUGCGUUAAUCAUUUGAACAUGCGAAGUUUUUAGAGCGGGCAUUUGACCUAGACACGACAUAUUUUUUGGAAAGAAUUGGGCAUACUGAUUCGUAUUCAGCCUCUCUACUUCUUGAAACUCCUCUCUAACAUUUCGACCCUUGUGAUUGCUCUAUCCUUGAAACUUUGGUGGUUCAUGAUGGAUUCCAAAGUUAGUUCAAUGUUGUUCCCAAAGAAAGCUCUAGUGUAAAGAUUUACCAAAAAUCAAUAAUUUGUAAAGUAAGAGAUCGUCUUUAACCUAGCACCCAUAGGUUAUGAUCAGAGUGCUGUUUCCCUGAAGUUGACUGAUUUUUACUCGUAGUAUUUAUAACUGUGAUUUUUAAACACACGAUUCAUAAAGUACUUUUUCAGUGAAGAGAUUAUCAGGAAAAAUAAAAAAUAAUCUGCUUAAUGUUCGUGUACAGCUCUUCUCACCAGUGGAGUGUCCUGAAUCUGCCUAAAAGCACAAAUUUAUGAUAGAGACUCUAAAAAUAGUUCAAUAUUUCACUAGAUAUUUUCAAAACUGAAUUUUGUCAAAAAUUGUAAAUCCUUAAAAAGAGACUUUCUUCGUUUUUUUUUAGAGACUGAGGUAUUAAUUGUUUUAUUGAUUUUAAAUAAUUUUAUGCAAAUUAUAUAAGUUUAAGAACAAAGUAAGGAAUUCCAGGUGAAGUAAAAGUUGAAGUAAAAAUGAGUUAAAAUAAAAUUAAUAGAUACGAGUUGAGUUUUGGUUAACUUCGGGUGAAAAGACUGAUUCUCAUGAUACCUCCUCUUUUAAAGUUGUUGUAAAUAAACCUUUUGUACAUUUGCUCAUUAUUUAUUUAAUUUAUUACAUUUGAGAUUUUACUGUAAAUGUGAAACAUGUGGCUGAAAAUAAAACAUUUAAGUUCUAGCAA